GUGACCUCGUAACACUUCGACCGGAAUUGUGAUCCCUUGUUCUCUGUCUUCGAAGAAUUCAACCAAAUCCCUAAACCAAAAAACCCCCAAUUCAUCUUCAGUUCUUCUUUUCAAAUCCUAAAUCCAUAUCCACUCAUUUAAUCUCUCAAUAUUUCUUGCUUCCUCGGAGCUUUGCUGCAGGUAGAUUUGCGAGCAAUCUGCUCGUACGAGCUAUUUCUUUAGAGAAAUUAUCAUGGCAAGUACUACAGUUGUCCCGAAUGCAAUUAUACCUGAAUUUCUCAACCAUACUAAUUAUAAGCAUUGGAGUCUGCGGGUCAAAACGUACUUAUUGUCUAAAGACCUCUGGGAUGUUGUUGAACCCACCGCUGAGAUUCCUAAACUACAAGAAAACGAUGGUGAACAAGAUGAUGAUGGUGAAAAAAAAAAGGUUUGGACAAGGAAGAAUGCGAAAGCGUUACAUAUAAUUCAAAAUUCAUGCGGAAGUGAUAUGUUCUCUCUUAUCAGUGAAAUUAGCAACGCACAAAGUGCCUGGGAGGCUUUGGAAAAAGGAUGCAACGAAAAACAAAAGGCUGAAAACGAUGCCAAAGAAUUCGAGCGCUACAUACCCUUCUCUAACUUUGUGAUAAAUGGUGAUUGGGAGAAUGCAAAGGAAUGUCUUACAGAACUUCCAGAUGCAAUAACAGCAAGAAACAAAUUUGGAGACAUAGCUCUUCAUAUAGCAGCCAGGAAAGGGCACUUGCAUAUCGUGAAAGAGUUGGUCUUAUUGAUGGGACAAGAUGAUUUAAAAUCCAAAAGCGCUGAUGGUCUCACAGCUCUUCAUCUAGCAUUUAGGAACGGGCGCUUUGACACUGUUAAAGAGCUGUUGCCCGUGAUGGGAGGAGUAAAAGACUGCUAUGGUAACACGGUUCUCCACAUGGCAUUACUUAUGCAGCAACCACGCACUGUAAAGUGGAUGGUGAAGUUAAUGAAAAGAGAAGACUUGGAAUUAAAAAACAGCGAUGGUUAUACAGCUCUGAAAUUAGCAGUCAAGAAGGGGAAUGUGUCUACUAUUAAAGAGUUGCUGCCGUACGAUGAUGACUUUGACCGUUAUAUACCGUUCACUAAUGCUGUAAUUGAAGGUGAUUGGAAUAAUGCAAAGUAUUGUCUUAGAGAUCUAGAUCCCUACAGGGCAGUAAGAGCAAGAGAUCCAAGAGAUGGACAUGAGAACACGGCUCUUCACUCAGCAAUCAAGCAUGGGCAUGUGGAUAUUGUGAAAGAGUUGGUGUCGUUGAUGACACAAGAAGAUUUGGAAGUGAAAAAUGCUGAUGCUUUCACGGGUAAGUUAAAUGCAGACCUCAGUGAACGAGCAGUCGUUGAAAUGGCUAAGUACAUGGUUGAACAGAAUGAGAUACUGCUUGCCCGUGUUUUAGAACUAGAGAAUGCUUUUGGAGACACACCUCUUCACGAAGCAGUCAGUAAGGGGGAUAUGUCUAUUGUGGAAGAAUUGGUACCUUCGAUGAGACAAGAAGGUUUUGAAAUAAAAAAUAGUAAUGGUUUUACAGCUCUUCACAAAGCAGUCAUGAACGAAAAUGUGGAUAUUGUAAAGAUUAUAGUCCGGCGGAUGAGACGAGAAGGUCUGGAAGUAAAAGGUGCUCUUGGUUACACAGCACUUCACCAAGCAGUCAAGAUGGGGAAUAUGGGGAUUGUGAAAGAGUUGGUAUUGUUGAUGAGACAAGAAGGUCUUGUAGUAAAAAACGACGAGGGUUCCAAUGCUCUUCACCUAGCAGUCAUGAAUGGGAAUGUGGACAUCGUGAAGAUGUUGGUCUCACUGAUGAGACGAGAAGAUUUGGAAAUAAAAGGCGCUCUUGGUUACACAGCACUUCACCAAGCAGUGAAUAUGGGAAAGACGGGGAUUGUGAAAGAGUUGGUAUUGGUGAUGAGACAAGAGGGUCUUGAAGUAAAAAACGAUAAGGGUUCCAAUGCUCUUCACCUAGCAGUCAUGGAGAAAAAGAAUAUGGACAUUGUGAGAGAGUUGAUGUCGUUGAUGAGACCACAAGCGAUGGAAAUAAGAAAUGGUGAAGGUUUUACAGUUUUAGGUUGUGCUAUGAAGGUAGGCCACAACGAUGGAGACAUUUGGGAAAUGGCUAAAUACAUGGCUGAAAAGAACAAAAAAGUAUUUGGCACUCGCUCAGGUAUAGACAUUCCAGUUGUAUGGGCUGCUGGCUGGGGCAAAUGGAAAUUAACUCACUAUCUCUAUUCCGUCACUCCUUGUGAAGCUCUAAACGGGCUUGACGGCGCUAAAUUUAUUAGUAUUGCUAUUGAACGUCUGGAAGCGCUUGAUUUGGCAUGGGAUUUACUACAACUUUCCCCAAGACUGGCAAUAUAUCCCUCAAACUCUCCUUUUUAUGCAUUGGCUAGUGCACAUUAUGCAUUCUUCAGUGGAGUGCGACUCACAUUCUGGCAAUCGUGGAUCUACAACAGCCUACGCAUUCAACCUCCAAGCGAUUUAAAUAUUCAUGAGACUUCUGCAGAUUUUCCAAACUUUGAAGAUGAUCAAGAUAUGAGUUGGCUCAGAGGACCUCGUACGGUUCUCUCUAAAUUAUUGGGUGUCAACACAGGAAUCAAUGACAUGUAUAAAAUGAAAUCGGUUCAUCAAAAAAUCAGUAAGAUCCUACGUCUCAUGUGUGAAGUGACCAGAGAUGUCAAUCUUACGGAUAGGGAAUUUCGCAUGGUGGGGACAUCAAUCUUCAGAGCUGUAGAAGUGGGGAAUGUUGAAUUUGUUUCUCAUAUAUGUGCAGCAAAUCCGAAACUCCUUGAUUACCGCAUGGUGAGAGAAAGAUAUAGAACCAUAUUUCAAUGUGCCGCUAACUGUCGUCAAGAAAAGAUUUAUAGUAGUCUCAAGAAGGAAAAGAGAGAGAGAUUCCUAAGGGUAUCGGCUGGGAAAACUAACGGUACUAUGCUACACAGUGUAGCAAAUUUAUCCCCACUUUCACAAUUGACUAAUAUUCAAGGUGCAAGUUUGCAAAUGCAAAGAGAACUACAAUGGUUUAAGGAAGUGGAGAGUAUUGUACCUCCUGACCUACAUAACAUACGGGAAAAUGUAGAAAACUUGACAGCCCGUCAACUAUUUACCAAGAGUCAUGAGAAAAUAAUGGAGGAGGCAGAAAAAUCAGUGAAACAAACUGCAAGUUCUUGUACAGUUGUAGGUUCUCUCAUUGCCACUAUGAUCUUUGCCGCAGCAUUCACAGUUCCUGGUGGAAACGAUGAUAAUACAGGCAUCCCCAUGUUCAUACAGGAAAAAUUAUUUCUAACUUUUAUAGUUUCAGAUACUCUAUCACUUGUGUCUUCAACAACUUCAGUGAUUAUAUUUUUGGGACUCCUUACAUCACGUUAUGCAGAGGACGAUUUUCUCAAAUCGUUGCCUAAAAAGUUGAUGACUGGCCUUCUUACACUUUUCAUCUCCAUUGCUACCAUGAUGAUUGCAUUUUCUUCUGCCCUUGUCAUUAUGCUUCAUGGAAGGUACUCUUGGAUAGUUGCUCCGAGCAUUUUUCUUGCGAGUGUUCCAAUUGCCUCAUUUGUGUGGGUGCAAUUUCCCCUCCUUCUAAGGACUUUCAUUUCUACCUAUGGGCCAGGAAUAUUUGACAAGAAAACCAAACCUUGGUAUUAAAUAAAUUUUGAUGCAAGGC